AUGGUCUCCUUCUUCGAUCUCCCUCGCUCAAUUCGCGAGGAAAUCUAUCGCCAUGCUCUUGUUAAAGCCCGAGUCUUCGUACGGCCCUUCAUCUCCAUGGAAUAUAUGCUACACCCAGAUCGAGCAAAAAUAUACGAUAACCCCAAUAUCGCUCUCCUCUGUGCCUCCCACCGAAUCUACCAUGAGGCAAAGCCCAUAUACCUGGGCGAGAACAUCUUCUCCAUCGUCCAGGUUGACAUGCUGGCCGCGGCGCGUAUGGAAAACAGACGAGUCGCGAAGAACCUCCGACAGAUUCGCAGAUUGGAAUUGAUAUUUGACAAUCGAGAUUACAAGUAUAUGGCUGAGUCUCUAGGGACUGAGAUACCGACUGUUAUGACGGAGGUUGAGGACUGGGCUGAUGAAUCGUCCGCUAAGAAGGUUGCUAUGAGGGAUCUGGGCGAGAUGCGUGAUCACUUCGAUAUACGGCAACGAAAGCAGCUUAACCAUCAUCUACAUCAGCACAAGAACGACAACAAAGAGACACCCCACGAUCGACUGACCGAGAACCUGAAGAAAUAUCUCUGGGGACGAACUCUCACCUUCGUCCGCCAGACUUUCCGAUUGACCCAUCUCUUUAUUGAUCUACGUCAUUGCACCUGUCCCGUAGGCUGCUGUCGUUUAGCGGACCAGGUUCUGGAUUGGGGCUGGGUGUAUGUCUGGAUUCACGGGUUGCCGGACGAGGUCCAAGUGAGAGGAUCGUCGAGGUCCGAGAAAGAAGUUAUUGCUAGGAGUCUGGAUCGCCAAUCAUUUCACUUUAAAUUGAAAAUCGAUGAGGUUUAUGACCAGUCUAGGGCCCAGGAUUAUCGGGGGUUGAUGCAGUAUAAUGUUCUGCUUAGGAGUGUUUAUCGGAAGUUGAAUGAGAAUAUAACUGCAGGGUGA